CACCAGGCAUGCACGAUUUGUUUGACCGCUCGUCAUCUGGCCAGCCCGAUUACAUGCGAUGCGCGACUCUCAUUGCUCGUUCCGCUGUUGUCUCUAACUGUAGUCUAGACUCUAGAGCUCAACAGGUUUGAUAUGCUCAAGAGACUUUAGUCCGUGUGGAGUUCGAGUCAGGCAUGUCCGUGACGGCAUGUUCGUUAGCUGCGUCUCGUCGCCGGCAUCUUCAGGGCUGGCGACUCGAUAGCUCGCCGAUUUUCUAGCUCCGACGCUUCAGCCUGCGACUCAUUCACUAGUCUGCGACGCAUCAGCCUGCGACUCAUUCACAAGUCUGCGACACCUCCGCCAAAGAGAGCCACUUAUUUUCUCAUUCUUCCCUCCUCCCAUGUCGCAAUAAAGUCUGCUUCUCUUUCAAUCCGCGAUAGAAAUGGCAUCGCUACAAGCAGCCGAUCUAACCAGCCCUGCGUCGGUAUCACCCUCCGGUUCCUUCGAUUCCGCAGCCUUGGCGUUCGCUCUCGACGCAACUGCCGCUCCUGCAGUCUCUACUACGCCGGGCUCUGACGGCUUCCCUUCCGGACUCUCGCCCGGAUUCGGCGGCUCUAACGAUGGCGAUCCGGAGUCGCUCCUAAAUCGUCUCGGCUUCUCCGGCUCCCCUGGCUCUCCCUCCUCCUCCUCUGGCGCCGCCGAUGCCGCCGAUGCCGCUGCUGAUGGGGAUGGGUAUGGGGGGGCAACGGGGGCCGCGGGCGGUGGGGUAGGGGGAGGAUGGGGAGCAGGAGGGACGGGAGCAGGGGCAGGGAGGGAUGACGCAUCGGCAAGGGGAAGGGCGGACUUUGGAGGGGGAGGAGCAUCUGGGGGAGCUUCGGGGGGAGCAUCAGUUCUAGGGGGAGUCACGGGGGCAUGGGCAGGAGGAGGAGGGGGAGGGAGAGGAGGAUCGUCGUUCGCGGGGCUGCAGCGGGCGGGCAUGUUGUCGCGAGAGCAGCUCAUGGCGUUCUUCCACGCCUUCACCGCGCUGAUCGACUCCAAAGAGGCACGGUCUCAGAUCAAGAGCAGCGUGCAGCAGGGGAAGACCGCAUGGUCGGUGACUCGGCUGUUGAAGGAGCAAGUUCUGCUGGACAUGGGGAUAGAGCCGCAGUUUGGCAUGGCGUGUUUGCUGGCGGUGCCAUUAGACUAUAGAGAGGACAGGGACGUGGUCUUGAAGAUCUGCCACAUGCACGCCAGGGAGGAGGCGGCAUGUGACGAGGCGGAGUUGACACCGCUGGCCCUGGCACAGAAGAAGAUGCAGAUGCAGCUCAUGCAGCAACAUCAACUGACUGUGCUCCAGCACGUGCGCACGCUGCCAGUGGACGAGCAGAGGGCGUUCCUGCAGUCGGUGCAGGGCAGCGUGCAGCGCGCACAGCAGCAGCGUGUGGAGGGAAAGGAGCGGCCACUGGUGGAGCGAGACGUGUGGGAGACACUGCUGCAGCAGUGGCAGACGCAGUUCAACCAGACGUGCUGACCCCCGGGGUGAUAGGGUGGUGGUAGGGUUGUGGAAGUGUGGUUGUGCCCUGCUCGCAGUUUGUAGUCAUAGGAACAGACUUAGUUGCAGUGAAGGAUGAGUUGGCAAAUUGGCAUGUGCGUGUCAGCAUGCCAGCAGCAGUACCGUACUAGCAUGAAGAGAAGCAUGAAGUGUUGGGCCGGAUGGUGGGAGGUGAAGCAUGUCUGGGAUGGAUGGAGGGCCGGCUGGAGGCAGUGCAUCUGCCAUCCCGGAAAGAUGGUAAACGAACUUAAGACAUUUCCGGAGUCUCGUGUCCAGGGCCUCAGAUAGGAUUUUGGGCAUCCUGACCAAUCAGGGCAGGCCUGCAUAAAACCGUGUAGCACUCAGGGUUGGUUGCCUAUGUUCAUACUGAUUCCUCAGGGUGGUUCCCCAGUUUAUACUGUCAUCUCAGGGUAAAUUCA